UAGGUCAAUAGUGACAACCCUUAUCAACCAAACGAGCGGAUAUUGCUUGUAUUUGUCUAUAGUUCCAGGGGCCUGUGUGCGCUGCUUACUGUUUCUCAUAUAAAUUCUCUGCUCACGAAACUUAUUUUGCCUAAUUGAAACCAUUGGAUUGACGCAACACAUAUCGCCAUACAUUGAUUAGAUCAUUGAAAGAUGAAUAUAUUUAGUUCAUUUCGUGUUACCGCGGGUAUAACAUAUAGAAAAAUGGCGUAUUCAAACACAAACGACAAAUAUGACUUUGUUAUGAAAGGUAGAAAAAUCCUUGGUGCAGCGCUUAAUUAUAUGGAUAUUGUCCGCACACGGAACGUGGAGGUACCAAAAGAACCACUGCUAUUCCUUAAGCCGACAACAUCAUAUGUAAUUGAAGGCAAUCCAAUUGUUAUUCCUAAAGUGUUUACCAAAGUUGCACAUGAAGUUGAGUUAGGUGUCAUAAUUGGAAAGCAGUGUAAGAAUGUUAAAAAAGAAGAAGCUUUCAACUACAUAAGUGGUUAUUGUCUUGCUCUUGAUAUGACUGCGCAAUGUAAUUUGGGAUUAGCAAGAAAAAAUGGUCAUCCGUGGAGCUUGGGUAAAGGUUUUGACACUUCAACUCCGGUUUCGGGUUUUAUAUCUAGGAACGACAUUAAAGAUCCUCAUAAAGUUCCACUAUGGUUAAAAGUGAAUGGAGAGCUACGUCAGCAAGGCAAUACUGAAGAUCUUAUUUUUAAAGUGGACGAUCUUAUAGCUUACACUUCAAAGUAUAUGACACUUGAACCAAACGAUCUUAUUCUCACUGGUACACCAGAUGGUGCGGUUCCUGUUAAAGCUGGUGACGUAAUUGAGGCCGGUAUUGGAGAUGACUUAAAGAUUGUAUUUGAAGUUGUAGACGAAUUUUAAAAAUCAUAUUGUCGCUAGUAAAUUAUGUAUAUAUUAAUUAAUUAAAUAUACAUAUAUACUAAUAGAGGCAUGUACAAAAUUAUACUAAACUAUGUAAUAAGUUGAUUAAUUUGUUAUCUUAAAUUUAUUAAAAGUUUGUUGUUCAUAUCAGUAA